AUGUCCGCCAAAAGUAUUGCUAUCCUUGGGUGCGGAGGCAUGGGUUUGGCAAUCGCUCGACGUCUUGGUGUUUCUCGACGUCUAUGUGUUGCCGACUACUCAAAUGAAAUUCUCUUAGAAGCCCAGGAAGCUUUAACAAACGAGGGUUACAUAGUUGAAACAUACCAGGUGGAUGUGUCCGACUAUGAUUCUGUCAGCCGCUUUGCUCAGGCAGCAGCUUCUCAUGGACCCAUCGAAGCAAUUAUCCACACCGCUGGCUUGUCACCGUCGGUCAACUGUGCCCAGAAGAUUCUUGACAUUAAUCUACUGGGCACAGCCAAUGCUCUUGAUGCCUUCUUGGGGGUAGCACAGACCGGAACAAGCAUGGUUUGCAUCGCCAGUAUGGCCGGUCACAUGGGAUCGGGAUUACCUUCGGAGCUAGAGCAUCAUCUCGCGACAACGCCUAGGGGUCAAUUGUUAGAUCACGUCGCUCUAUACAUUGAUGAAGACGAUCCCGAAGGUCCUGCGCGGGCCUAUGGUCUGUCAAAACGUGGAAAUUUACUACGCGUUCAGGCUUCAUCUAAAGCAUGGGGUCGCAUUGGGGGGAGAGUGAAUUCGGUUAGCCCCGGGGUCAUAUCUACAGGAGCUGGGCGUCAGGAGAUCAAGGGCCCAGCUGGGAAGUUCAUCGCUCUCAGUCCGGCUGGUCGAGUUGGAACGCCGCAGGACAUUGUGAAUGCUGUCUCAUUCUUGGUCAGUUCAGAGUCCUCGUUUAUUACAGGCAAUGACAUCCUCGUGGAUGGUGGGGUCGUCUCAUCAUUGCGAUGGGACACCCUGAAAGCCUGA